AUGUCCAAGAUCACCUACAGGCGCACGGUCGACGCCGACGCGCCGACGCGACGCGUGAUUGCAAGACAUGGUGAAGUUACGCGACCAGAACCUGGCACUGGAAUCAAGGUGCACUUCAAAGACUCUAAGGGCAACCUCCUGAAGACGGUAGAAGCGAAUGAGGGCGACGACCUCCUAAGCAUUGCACAUGAAUAUGACAUUGACCUCGAAGGCGCGUGCGAAGGUUCAGUAGCAUGCUCAACCUGCCACGUUAUCCUGACCCCAGAACACUUUGACCUCCUCCCCGAACCUGAGGACGACGAAAAUGACAUGCUUGACAUGGCGUUCGGCCUUACUGAGACCUCGCGUCUCGGUUGCCAGGUGAAGCUCACGCGCGAGCUCGAUGGCGUUACUGCGACGCUCCCGAGCGCUACGCGUAAUAUGUUCGUAGAUGGCAAAAAGUCUGCACACCACUAGCACGAACUUCGGCUGGCAGCAUAUGGGUGGACGCACAGAUAUGCUUGGCCUCACAUGAGGAGCAGACAUUGGUCUGCACAAGGGCGCAGACGGCCUGCCCGCUGAGGUGGUGAGGGAUGGCCCGCUCUCGCGCAGACAUAUGCCGAGGUCUGCAGACUGGUGGAUGUACGUAUAUAUUGUCGGGCUUAUAUCAUCACUACUCUUCGGCUGCAGAUGUAAGGUCAGUAAAAUGGUAGGGCCAUCUUAGGACAAA